AUGGAAGUCCAAAGAACCGUACGGAACAGGCUACAGCCGCUCUUCCGCCGCUCUUCAGACCGCGCCGCUGCUCCAAAGCGUGCAGAGCAUGCCGACAACGGCCUCGCUCGCUCACAACGGCCCUCAGUCAGCCUGCAGGUGACUGAUCCGGCCAAGAGCGAUUUUCAACUGCGUCUCACCUACAGUUCUACGUCAUUAAUGCAUGAAACCUUGUCAGGACUUUCCACUUAUCAGAUGGUGCCAAAUGAAGCCCAGCAGUACAAGGGCAUCUUGCAGUUAAUUCUGCAUUUCAGGUGGACAUGGAUUGGGUUUAUUACUGCGGAUGAUGAACGUGGGGAAAGAUUUCAGCAUGCCAUGUUUCCUCUGUUUUAUCAGAAUGGCAUCUGCGUGGCCUUCAUAUCAGAACUCCGCGAGAACUUUAUGAUAAGUUCUUAUUUUGGCAUGAUGGAAUAUGCAUUGAAACAUUAUGGCAUUGUAAUGGAGAGUAAGGCUGAUACGAUUGUUCUUUUUGGAGACACUAGUACUCUUUCAUUUAUAAGAUUGGUCAUAAAACUUUCAGAGGAUGGGUUCACAACAGCAAAGACUAAAGGUAAAGUUUACAUUACGAAUAUUCAGAUGGAUUUUAUAUCUUAUUAUUAUCAAAGAGACUGGGGCAACAUGAUCCUUCAUGGUGCAAUAUCCUUCACGGUUCACACAAAUGAACCUCCAGGAUUCCAUCAGUUUCUUCAGAGCAGAAAGCAUCUUAGGACCAAAGGAGAUGGCUUCAUCAGAGACUUCUGGAAACAGGCAUUCCUCUGUGAAUUCUCUGAGUCACAGGUAAAGAAGGACUUUGAUAAAAAUUGCACUGGGGAGGAGAAACUGGAGAGCCUUCCAGGUGAUGCUUUUGAAAUGUGUAUGACCGGUACUAGCUACAUUAUCUACAAUGCUGUCUAUGCUGUAGCACAUGCUUUACAUGACCUGUAUUCAUCUCCUUAUGGACACAGAAGAAUGCUGAAGAGGAAGAAAUACAGCCUGUUCCAUCAACCGUUAUGGCAGAUAGCCAGUAGUCCUUCCGUUGCAGUCAGUCUUUUUCAAGAAUCGCCCCCACCAGUUAAUUUAAGCAGAUCUCUGUCAAGAACCAUUCACAGCAGUGAAAGCUGCCAUCCUGGUUCGAUGAAGCAAAGGAAGGAUGCGGAGCCAUUUUGCUGCUAUGAUUGUAAACCAUGUCCAAAAGGGAAGAUUUCUAAUCAGAAGGACUUGGAUGACUGUACCCAAUGCGGACAAGAUCAUUAUCCAAAUGUGGGACAAAACCAAUGCAUUCCCAAAUACAUCACGUUUUUGUCUUAUGAAGAGCCACUGGGGAUCACUUUGGUGACUAUUGUCUUUUCCUUUUCUUUCAUCACUCUUUUCGUGCUAGGAAUCUUCAUCAAGCACCACAGCACCCCCAUUGUCAAAGCCAACAACAGGAACCUUACCUAUUCUCUCCUGAUCUGCUUCCUCCUUUGCUUCCUUUGUGCUUUGCUCUUCAUUGGUCAACCACAACUGGUGUCCUGUCUCCUCCAACAAGUCUUUUUUGGCAUGGUCUUCUCAGUUGCCAUUUCUUGCAUGUUGGCAAAAACUCUCACGGUGGUUCUGGCUUUCCUAAGCAUCCAACCAGGAAGCAGCCUGAGGAAGUGGGUGGGGAAAGGAGUGGGCAAUUCAAUUGUGAUUUCCUGUUCCUUUAUCCAAGCAGUCCUUUGUUUUGUGUGGCUGGCCACUUCUCCCCCAUUUCCAGAUGCUGAUAUGCAGACAGAGACUGAAGCAGUUGUACUGGAAUGCAAUGUGGGGUCUGUUACCAUGUUUUACUGUGUUCUGGGCUACAUGGGCUUCCUGGCCAUUGUGAGCUUUAUGGCGGCUUUCUUGGCCAGGAAGCUUCCUGACAGUUUUAACGAAGCCAAAUUCAUCACUUUCAGUCUAUUGGUCUUUUGCAGCGUUUGGAUCUCUUUUGUUCCCACCUACCUGAGCACCAAGGGAAAAUUUAUGGUUGCUGUGGAGAUCUUCUCCAUCUUAGCCUCCAGUGCUGCCCUUCUGGGUUGCAUCUUCGCCCCAAAAUGUUACAUUAUUCUGCUGCGGCCUGAGUUGAAUAACAGGGAUCAUCUGAUAAAAACAAAAGGACAAUAA